AUGACAACCUCUGGCUGUUAUUCUUCCGUCUCCUGGCCCCCUUUGCGAUCCUCUUCAAGCGCAGAGGUGCAGGGAACGGAGCCUGAGCCUGACAGAUUCAACUUCCUGUCCUUCCUCGCUACGGUUCAAGCCCUGCAAAUCGAAAUUCUACCUCUCGUCUGGGAUAUAACGCACGAUGAUGACAAAGGCUUCGGUGGGACUUCGGUCAUCUACCAGGCUCUAGUCAACUUAGAUACGAGCUUUGCCUUCAAGACUUACCGCAAGCAACAAAAGACCGAAGAGCAGGUCUUCCAAAUUCUUAUUAAUGAAAUCACUGUAUUGAGCGAACCCUCGGUUCGCGAACAUACGAAUAUCGCCCAGCUACAAGGAAUCUGCUGGGAAAUCUCUCCUAGCGACGACAAGCCAUGGCCAGUCCUAGUGUUUGAGAAAUCUCAUCACGGAGACUUAGAUCAUUUCGCAAGGCAUGGAGGACGAGGCAUGAUGACCAACGACCGACUUAGGCUUUGUCUGGAUGUUGGGAGAGCAGUCAUAGACAUGCACAGCAACCGUAAG